AUGGCCGACGAAACCGCCCCUGUUGCUCUUGCCCUCCAGCUCCCCAAGGACAUCAUCGCCGAGUCCGGCUCCGUCAAGCUCUUCAACAAGUGGACCUACGACGACGUUGAGGUCAAGGACAUUUCUCUCACCGACUAUGUCCAGAUCUCCCAGCCCGUUUACAUCCCCCACACCGCCGGCCGAUACGCCAACAAGCGUUUCCGAAAGGCCCAGUGCCCCAUUGUCGAGCGACUCACCAACGCUCUGAUGAUGAACGGCCGAAACAACGGUAAGAAGCUCAAGGCUGUCCGAAUCGUCGAGCACGCUCUGGAGAUCAUCCACCUGCUCACCGACCUCAACCCCCUGCAGGUUGUUGUUGACGCCAUCAUCAACUGCGGUCCCCGAGAGGACUCCACCCGAAUCGGUUCCUCCGGUGCCGUUCGACGACAGGCCGUCGAUGUCUCUCCUCUGCGACGAGUCAACCAGGCCAUCUCUCUGCUCACCAUCGGUGCCCGAGAGGCCGCUUUCCGAAACAUCAAGACCAUUGCUGAGUGUCUUGCUGAGGAGCUCAUCAACGCCGGAAAGGGUUCUUCCAACUCUUACGCUAUCAAGAAGAAGGACGAGCUUGAGCGAGUCGCCAAGUCUAACCGAUAA